GAGAGGAGCAGAUCUGUGUGGAUUAGAGGACAGUCCCACAUCGCGGGAAUGUUUAACUGCAAAUCUGGAGCUCGUGGAGUUUCGGCGUCUCGAGACAUGAGCAGCCGCGCGCACCCGAGCACCUCAGAACGAGGAACCGGUGAUCAAACCAAAUCACUCUGACCAAACACCAGACCUGCUGGACAUCUCCAACUCAAAAUCCAUCUUUAUCUCCACUGGGAUCAUGGCCGUGUCAUCUCUCCACAGGCUUUUCUUCAGAAGAUCUCGGGAUCUUAUCUCUGAUUUGGGCUCUUCGGGGAGUUUGUGACCCGCGAAUUUGGAUAUUCAAGAAGGUCGCUGUCGACGUGUUUUUGGACUCUGCUGCUCUGCUUUUGUCAUUAUAAUGUUCGGCUGACGGUCCAUCGCUAAAUGUUGUGGGAUUAAAUCCCCUGUGACACCGAUGUCUCCUUCCCUCAGGAUCAUAACGCAAACUAUUUCUACAGGCUGUGGAUAAUAUUAUUUUUUUAUCAUCAUCAUAUUUCUUUUUUUUUCUUUUUUCUUUUCCCUGCGUCUGGAGUGAAUUUAGGAUGCUGUGUCUGUCUCCAGUAACCCACAACCUCUUAUUCUGGUUUUUAAUUUUCCAAGCAACACAAUUAACUGCACCUUUAAUCACAGGCACAGAGGCGAGCUGUGAGAACGAGGGAGAGGUGUUACACAUCCCCAACAUCACAGACAACCCCUGCAUCUCCUGCGUCUGUCUGGAUAAGAGAGCAGACUGUAAGCAGGAGAAGUGUGCACUGGUGUUAGCGGACUGUGCGCUGGUUGUCAAACAGACAGGAGCCUGCUGUGAAAGAUGCAAAGGUUGUCAUCUAAACGGGAAGUUGUACAACAGCUCCCAUCAGUGGAUCAGCCCUGUCAAACCCUGUGUCACAUACAGCUGUCAGGAAGGUGUCGUCACUGAAGCAGAAAUGAGGUGCGUCAUUCACUGUAAGAACCCCAAAAUCCACCCGAAGAAAUGCUGCCCGUCCUGCCCAGGGUGUAUUUUUGAAGGGCGUCUAUAUAAAGAACAAGAGGAGUUUAACCCUGAAGGAAAUCCAUGUAUCAAAUGCAUCUGCACUGGAGGUCACAGUAUGUGUCAUAAAUUGGUGUGUCCGGUUCUUUCCUGUCCGUCUCAUCUCACUCACACCCUGCCUGGUCAGUGCUGCCCGAGAUGUCAGGGCCAGAGGAAGGUGUUUGACCUGUCGUUUGGCAGCUGUCUAUUCCAUAGUGAGGUCUAUGAGAACGGCACAUCCUUCAGCUAUGACAACUGCACCAGCUGCACGUGCGUGGACUCCACAGUGGUGUGCAGGACGAGGUGCUCGCCGCCCGGCAGUUGUCACGGCCGCGCAUGCUGUGAAGAGUGCCAGUCUGUUCUCAAGAUGGAGGAUGUGAAGUACUGCAGGGUGAAGAGCAAGAUUUACAGGGAUGGUGACAGAUGGUCAUCAGUUAACUGCACUCUGUGCACCUGUGUGAAGGGAAAUAUUGAGUGCCAGCCCAAGAAUUGUGUUCCCAUUACCAGCUGCCCCUCGAAUAAGAUCCUGAAUCGUACUGGCUGCUGUCCUGUGUGCACUGACAAGCCAGGCGUGUGUACAGUUUUUGGAGACCCUCACUAUAACACUUUUGAUGGCCGCACCUUUAACUUCCAGGGCACGUGUAAAUAUGUGCUCACUAAGGACUGCUCGCCUGCCACCAGCUUCACUGUGCUGGUGAAGAAUGACGCUCGGCGUACACGCUCCUUCUCCUGGACCAAAUCAGUGGAGCUGCACAUGUCAGGCCUGAGCAUCAGUCUCCAUCAACACCUAACCGUCCGUCAGAACGGCACGCGCAUUGCUCUGCCCUUCCACAGCACUGGAGUUCACAUCGAUCUGGAUGGAUAUCUGCUCAAACUCACCACCAUCGCAGGGCUGGAGAUCACAUGGGACGGGGACAGUCUGGUGGAGGUGGUCGCAGCUCCACAUCUGAAGGACCGUCUCUGUGGUCUGUGUGGAAACUACAAUGGUCACCGGCGAGAUGACACGCUAGGAGGAGACGGACAUUUCAAGUUUGACGUGGAUGAGUUUGCAGAGUCGUGGCGUGUGGAGGACAACGAGGUGUGUGAGGUACCAAACCGCAGGCCCACGUCCUUCCUGUGUGCAGGCACGGUGAAAGUGAAGCUCCGCGCACACCGAGCGUGCCAAAAACUCAAGUCAUGGGAGUUUCAGAAGUGCCAUUCUGCUGUAGACUUCACCUCCUUCUACAGGUCAUGCGUAACAGACAUGUGCGAGUGUCCAGUGCAUAAGAACUGUUACUGUGAAUCGUUCAUAGCUUACAGUCGAGCGUGCAAAAGGGAGGGUGUACAUGUGCACUGGAGACCAGAACUCACCUGCCUGACUACACAGUGCAAACACGGUGCAGUCUACGACACGUGUGGUCCCGGCUGCACUAAAACCUGCAGUAACUGGAACGAGAUCGGCCCAUGUUACAGGCCCUGCAUAGCUGGAUGCCACUGUCAGGCCGGCAUGGUCGUGUUUCAGGGCCACUGCAUUAAACCCACAUCCUGCCCUGGACGAUGACCCACAUGACUUCUGAAGAAGAGGGCCGCAAGAGGUCCAGAAGAGAACCGGCUGUACUGCUCAGGCACACGUGGAGGGAACAAUACUCUGAGAGUACAGAGACACAUAAACUGUGCAUCUGCACUGCGCACAUCUGAGCUUUCUUUAUUGGAUGUCUCACCUUUAGGAUUUGUCAUGCAUGGUGAAAACCGAAUCCUUAGUGCCUUACCGACCUUUACCAACCUCUCCAAUUAACUCAGAGUUAUCAAAUUCUUGAUGCCACAAAUUCAAGCUAAAGGGACCUGGACUGGACAUUGUUUCUGAGUUAAAUCUGGUAAAGAUGUAUAUCAACAUUAAUAGUAUUAUCCAUUUAUUGGGUCAACCUGGUAUUAUUUAAUACACAAUUUCUUGACUGAAACUAUUUAUGUAUUUGUUGUUUAUUUUGUAAGUGGAGGACUGUAAACAUGUACUGUAUUUGUCCAGCUUAGUGUAGUGAUGUGUGUAUGUGUUAUAACUGUUUUACUUGACCUAUAAGAUAUUAUAUAUGAACAGUAUAAAGCUUAUAUCCUUUCAAAGAAAAAGUUAUUUCUGUAAAAGUAUUUGUUUUCAGGAACUCCAUACCACAGUCUGAAGUUUCUUCAGGAUCAGAGAUGUCUCUCGUGUGCUGACUGAUUCAGGAAUGGGGCGGCAGUAUGAUUUUGCUCCUAUGGUGGCAAAGGAGCACAGAAACAACUAAAGCCUUUUUUUUUUUUUAAACCAACCUCAUAUUGUUUAUAAUGUGGGAAAAAUUGGCUGGUUACAUGUUCAGUAACAGGAGGAUAAUAAACGUAAGUGGCAGUAAAUUGAUAAAAACUUUGCAAUAAUGACCAGAACUAAGUGUGUUGAUUGUUUUUCCAGGUGCUAGAGAUCAGCCAUGUUAUCAUGUGAUGCAAUGAGUCCUGACCCAAAUUCAAUAAUUACAAUUAUAGUCCUACUACAAAACCAUCAAAUUCACAUCAUUUCACCUUCACCUUUCAGUCUUUUAUUUAUUUCUUUUCAUGACAGUUGUGGCAAAUACAAGUUACCACAGUUACAGUAACUGCAGUAAAUCUGAUAUCUUUUUGAAGAAAGAGAGACAUGUUUCGGGGGUUUAUUUGGACACAGUUCUCUGAUUGGUGGAUCUUUCUCUGCUGUACCAUGGGUAAUGUAGUUGUUUACCAUGAAUAUGACUAUUCAAACAAUAAAAUUGAAAUAUCACAAACGGAUGUCUUCAACAGAAGCCAACUCCAACCAUAACACAUGGGAUACUUCACUGGCCACAUCCUGAACCUUUUUUCUCCCCUUUUCUCCCCAAUUUGGAAUGCCCAAUUCCCAAUGCGCUCUAAGUUCUCAUGGUGGUGUAUUGACUCGCUUCAAUCCAGGUGGUGGAGGACGAAUUUCAGUUGCCUCCGCGUCUGAGACUGUCAAUCUGCGCAUCGUAUCACGUGGCUUGUUGAGCGCAUUACUGCGGAAACCUAGCGCAUGUGGAGGCUUCAUGCUAUUCUCCGCGGCAUCCACGCACAGCUCACCACGCACCCCAUCGAGAGCGAGAACCACAUUAUGGCAACCAUGAGGAGGUUAACCCAACAUGACUCUACCCACCCUAGCAACUGGGCCAAUUGGUUGCUUAGGAAGCCUGACUGGAGUCACUCAGCAUGCCCUGGAUUUGAACUCACGACUCCAGGUGUGGUAGUCAGCGUCUUUACUUGCUAAGCAACCCAGGCCCCCACAGCCUUAACCUUGAAUUUAAGAUGGACCUCACCGAAAUGAACUGCCACAAGCUGCCAGUCGAACUGCGAUGCACCUCACUGAUCUCUGCCUGCAUCACCUUGGUCUAAUGAUGGACUACACUCUUAAAAUGGAAUACAUAGAUAAUAAAUUAAUUACCAACAAAAGCCGUCAUCAGCCAGAUAACAAAGGACAAUGCAUUAAUGUGAACUUCAGUUAAUCCAGGAUGAACUUCAAAGACAUUAGUCAAUCUUAGAGUUCAUACAAAAUCUUAGUUUAAACACUGGCCCUUAACAAUUACUUAGUUUACUAAUUUUAAACCAUGACUUGCACUGUACAUAAAUAACUAAUAUUGGCAUUAUAUUCAUGCUGUUUAGCCAGAGGGGAACUGGCCCCCACAGUGAGUCUGGUUUCUCCCAAGGUUAUUUUUCUCUAUUAACCAACAUCUUAUGGAGUUUUGUGUUCCUUGCCACAGUCGCCUUUAGCUUGCACACUGGGGUCUAAAUACAAUGAUUAUUUUUUACUUAUUUAUUAUUAUUAUUAUUAUUUGUUUCUUAAGACACAAUUUAUAAUCAAGUUUUUAUCAAACUGCACAAUGAUGACUAUCUGUAAAUUUUCUGUAAAGCUGCUUUGAAAUGAUGUGUGUUGUGAA